GCAUCCGUACCUUCUCCCGAGACGUUCCCUGGUCCUGUCGUCCUGUUGGAUGAUGAUCCGCGUUAUCCUCCGCAGAGCUUUCGGUCCUGGAAACGAGAUAAGGACAGGAAUGAAGUCACUGAGGCGAGAGGCGUAAUCUAUGUUGCACCGCCACCAGAGGUGAAAGAAGAGGUCGGGUUCGUGACGGGUUGGACGAGACCUGUGGGUACAGGGGGACAGGCUCAAUAUAACACGACGCCACAUCCAGAAAUGAACGAUGUCGUGGAUUACCUGGCCGCGUUCUAUCACCCUGUGCCUAUAAAGCUCCUGCCCGCCUCGACUCUCACGUUCUCUGCUUGGAUAGAAGACUCGAAGGCCAAAUCGAGAUCCAAACACACCUCCCAAAAUCCUCGUUACAUCGCUCUCAAUACGCCAACCGAAUCCAUCCGCAUUCGCACCCGUCUUGCUCCCUCAUCUUCCACAGACUCAGGACCAGGUCCACUUUUUCCCGAUCCACUCAACCUCGACGACCUCCUCGAUGCCGCUCUUUCGAUUCUUCCUUCCGACGCCUAUGCCAUCCUCUGCCUUGUUGCACAUGACAUUUAUGAGUCUGAAGAUGACGAUAUCGCGUGCGGAAGGGCGUAUGGUGCGAGCAGGAUUGCGGUGGUUUCGAUGGCGAGGUAUGAUCCGGGGCUGGACGGGGCGCAGGGAUUGAACGAAAUACGUCCAUGGCCGGCGUCCCAUUUUGGCGAGCAUGGAACGAUUGAUGCUGCUCCCCCGCCUGCCACGAAGAAACGCAAGAGUGCAACCACAUCUCAACCUUCCCAACAGGCACUGACGCCUCUCCGCGCGGCCUUUGCACACCACACUCCGACACCACAUCCCUCCUCGGUCUACCUCUUCCGCAUCUGCCGUACCGCUUCUCACGAACUAGGUCACUGUUUCGGGAUGGAUCACUGUGUCUACUAUGCGUGCUCUAUGCAAGGGACGACAAGUUUAGCGGAGGAUAUGAGACAGCCUCCGUAUUUGUGUCCGGUAGAUCUGGGCAAGGUGAUCACUGCAACGAGUGCGGGAGCCCAGUCUGUGGAGAGGAUAGAAGCGGAGAGGAUAAGGGAGAGGUAUGGGGCGAUGAUACGAGUUUGUCAAAGGUUUGCGGGGAGAUUUAGGCAAGGAGAUGAAGAGAGUAGAGGACCUUGGAAGGCUUUUGGUGCGUGGAUUGAGGGACGCGUGCAGGAAUUAGACAACGAAGACGAUGACUGA